CCUUCUCAUAGCAGCCAGAAAUGGUGCUUCAUCGGGCCAUCCAGGCGGCACGAGCAGGGGAUCUUGGAACCCUGAGGGAGCUGGAGACGUCUGGUCACCUCUCACCAACCAUCACCGACACUCAGGGUGCCAGCCCGGUGCACCACGCGGCCAGGUGCGGACGCCUGGAGUGCCUGCAGUUCCUGGUGAGCGAGCUGGGUCUGGCAGCUGAUCUCCGGGCCUUGAACAGGGCCACGCCAGCACAUGACGCAGCAGCCACGGGCCACAUCCGGGAGCUGCGAUGGCUGGUGGACCAGGGAGGCUGCAACAUUGAGGAUAGGGACGCUGCCGGUGCCACAGCCCUUCACCUCGCGGCUCGGUUCGGUUGCGUGGAGGUCAUCACGUGGCUGCUGUCAGUCGGAGGACUGGCCGAGGUGGAGACAAACUGUGGAGCAGUUCCCGCUCACUACGCUGCAGCCAAAGGAGACCUCAGCUGUUUGAAACUACUCAUUCAGCAGGCGCCUGGGUGUGUAAACCACCAGACAGGGAUCGGUGCUACCCCGCUCUACCUGGCCUGUCAGGAGGGACAUCUGGAUGUUGUAGAGUAUCUUGUUAAAGACUGCGGGGCUGACGUCCACCUGAGGGCUCAUGAUGGCAUGACCUGCCUGCAUGCUGCUUCUCAUAUGGGCCACCAAACUGUGGUGGUGUGGCUGGUGACCUCUACUGAUGUCAGCAUGUCCAGCCAGGACAGAGACGGAGCAACUGCUCUGCACUUUGCGGCCAGCAGGGGGCACUAUUGCAUCUUGGAGAGGCUUCUUCACUUGGGUUCAAAGGUCAUCACAGAUUACUGGGGAGGGACCCCACUUCAUGAUGCUGCAGAGAAUGGAGAGAUGAAGUGCUGUAGAAUCCUUUUAGCCAAUCAAGCGAACCCUUCAGAUCAAGAUAUUGAUGGGUUCACAGCAGCAGACUUGGCAGAGUACAACGGACACUGUGAAUGUGCCACAUAUCUCCGUGUCAUGGAGAAAAACACGCUGCAGACAGAUACACUCAUUGAGGUAAUCCCUCCAGUGGGGGAAGAAGAGAAGGUUAAAUCCACUGUGCUGUUGCAGCGCAGCAAGGACGACUACUACGGCAGCUUGAGUGACACAUGCAGUGACAGUCACAGCAGCAACACACACAUGGAUAGUUUAAAGCAACCUGAGAGUGGAGAGCCCCCGCAGGCCAGAUACCCUCAGCCCCCGUCUGCACCUCCUUUACCCUCCGCUUCGUCCACACCUGCCCAGCCGGUGAAAUCCACAGUCAACAGAUUAGAGCAGGUUCAAAUUGCAACAUCUGUUAUUAAAGGUUUCAAUCAGCCCAAUGCAGCUCUGAGUGAGAUAACUGCUGAUAAGAGCAUAAUGCCUGAUACAAACCUCCUGGCUGAAAGAAAUCUACUUGGCAACAUGAAGUCCAUUAAAUCUCUGAAGCAAUCGGGAUUAUCAGGAGUCUUCACUGGACAUGCAAAUAAAAUGGUUGUCCUGCCCACCGAGGAGGCCAACCUGUCAGACAUCGACUAUCUGGUCCCCACACAUGAUGAGAGAGGCCGUCCCAUUGCCGAGUGGAAGAGGCAAGUGAUGGUGAGACAGCUGCAGACCAGGCUGCUGGACGAGGAGGAUCAGAGGAGGAAGGAAAAUGGGAACAGAUAUGCCAAAGUCAGCUGGAGGUACUCCCAAGCCCACAAUGCCAUCCUGGGGCCCUCUGGUGAGCUGCUGACUGAGGAUGACCUCAUCUAUCUGGAGCAGCAGAUUGCCAAUGUCUCCAUGCAGAGGAAAAGUGAAGGCUAUGAGCUGGAGCUGGCUCGACUGGCUGAGGAGCUGAGGCACAUUCUGCCAGCACCAAUAGUCAACAUCACUGUCAACACGCAGUUCAGAAACUUCACGAGUCAUGUUCCUCUACCCGUGUGGUGUGGUCGCAUCUCGGGCAUCGUGAAGAGCAUGUCUCUGCUCAUGACCAACCUGACAGACCAGCCCCACUGCAAGAUGCCCAACACCGACCUGAUCACAGUGUUCUCCCAGUCCCCAGAAAGACAGAACUCCACCAGAGGACGUAGGGAGAGGAUCAAGGAUGAGAUCCAUGAGUUUGGAGUGUCUGUGAGGACUCUGAAGUGUAAUUUUGAGACACAGAACUCACCUUUGUCAGAUGAGCCAGAGGAACAAGAGGUUGUGUUAAAUUCUUCCUCACAGCUCGAGGCCACAGAGUCAGACAAACAGCCUAAAGUCUUGAAUCCUGCCCAAGAAACAGACCAGAACAGUGAUUCAGGCAUCGACUAUGAUGAAAAUGUUGCAGAUGUUCUGGAGACCACGAGCCUUAGAAAAGAGCGUAUCGUUGUGCUGUUCUUAGGCCACUGGAAGAAAUCUGCCUACACUGUGACACUGAAGAGCAAGGAUGCAGCAGAGAGGAAGAUGAGUGGCGGCAACCAGGGAGUGGGUGAAAAAUCUGUGUCUGAUCGUAGAGGCAGCUUAGAGAGUGCCCAGUCCAAGAUGAUGAACAGUUCUAUGGGACAUUUCUUUAAGCAGAGGAGUGCUGUCAACAAGAUGCUGGGGAACUGGAGGAGCAUGAUCUCCAGUGUCCCUUCCAGACAGAUACGCAGGCUCCACAGGCAGCAGGCCCUCUACUCCCCAGAGCAGUUCCUUCCUCGUCUGGACGGUGCGCCUGUGGAGUAUGACAACCUGACCUUGGAUCUCUUCAUGCUGGGCUACUUUCACAUCCUGGAGUUGGAGCUGCCUGUGGACGAACGCAAAAUUAGGCACCUGCUGUGUUUCGAGGUGUUCGACCACAUCGGGAGCUUUCCCUGGGAAAUGGUCAGGGACUUUCACAAGGCUGUCAUACAGGACAUUGAGGCUGGAAACCGCGAGUGGAAGGAUGGCUUUGAGGACAUUAAAGUAAAGUUCUUUGGAAAUACUCUGAGUAAGCCUGAAAGCACUGUAGAAGUGGUGAAACAUAGUCUCCCAGAGGUUAGACAGGUCCCUAAAGUCAUUGUUCAGACACCUACUCCAGAUGAGGGGAUGGUCUACCGUGGAACUGACAUUUCCAGCUUCAGUAAUGAAGAGAUUUGUAAAUACAUUGAUCGUAGUUUUGCUUUUUGGAAAGAGAAAGAGGCAGAGAUUUUUGAUUUUGAGUAGCUUCCUGGGAUUUUUGAUAUUUUUGUAUGCUUUGUAUGUAGACAUUGUUAGGGCUGGGUAUCAUACAAAAAUUAUUUUUGAUUUGUGUAUUGAAGUGUUGAAAUGGUCAAGUAUUGGAAGUUGGCAAUGAAUGCUCAGCAAGAUUCUUGGCUUUGUUUACGUAUUCUUUGAUUACAUAUUGCCUAAUUUGAUUGAUCAUUUUCUUAAU